GUUCUCUAAUGAUCUUGCUUCACCAUGGCUACAAAUAUGGAGGGGCUGGUUCAGCACAGAGUGGGGACCCAGCAGGUGGCUGAGGUAAAGAAGCCAGAUUCCAGAGAGAUAGCCUGUACUUGGACCAGACUGCAGAGCUUAAAAACAGCCCAGCUCAGGUUCAGGUACCCAGGUGACCACUCAGCACGUUGAUCCUCGCCUUUGGUACCACGUACACAGACCUCUCGGCCGGAAUCUCCAGGGAUGACCAGCCCCUCCCCGCGCAUCCAGAUAAUUUCCACCGACUCUGCGGUAGCCUCACCUCAGCGCAUUCAGAUUGUAACAGACCAGCAGACAGGACAAAAGAUCCAGAUAGUCACCGCAGUGGACGCCUCUGGAUCCUCUAAACAGCAGUUCAUCCUAACCAGCCCAGAUGGAGCUGGAACUGGGAAGGUGAUCCUGGCUUCUCCGGAGACAUCCAGUGCCAAGCAGCUCAUAUUCACCACCUCAGACAACCUUGUCCCUGGCAGGAUCCAGAUCGUCACGGAUUCUGCUUCUGUGGAGCGAUUGCUGGGGAAGGCAGACGUCCAGCGGCCCCAGGUGGUGGAGUACUGUGUGGUCUGUGGUGACAAAGCCUCUGGCCGACACUAUGGGGCUGUCAGUUGUGAAGGUUGCAAAGGUUUCUUCAAAAGGAGUGUGAGGAAGAAUCUGACCUAUAGCUGUCGUAGCAGCCAAGACUGCAUCAUCAACAAGCACCACCGCAACCGCUGCCAGUUCUGCCGGCUGAAGAAGUGCCUGGAGAUGGGCAUGAAGAUGGAGUCUGUACAGAGUGAACGGAAGCCCUUUGAUGUGCAACGGGAGAAACCAAGCAAUUGUGCUGCUUCCACUGAGAAGAUCUAUAUCCGGAAAGACCUGAGAAGUCCUCUGAUAGCCACUCCCACAUUUGUGGCAGACAAAGAUGGAUCAAGACAGACUGGUCUUCUUGAUCCAGGGAUGCUUGUGAACAUCCAACAGCCUUUGAUACGUGAGGAUGGUACAGUUCUUUUGGCCACGGAUUCCAAGGCUGAAACAAGCCAAGGAGCUCUAGGUACACUGGCAAAUGUAGUGACCUCUCUGGCCAACCUGAGUGAAUCUUUGAACAAUGGUGAUGCUUCAGAAAUGCAGCCAGAGGACCAGUCUGCAAGUGAAAUUACACGGGCAUUUGACACCCUAGCGAAAGCACUUAAUACCACAGAUAGUGCUUCACCUCCAAGCCUGGCAGAUGGGAUAGAUGCUAGUGGAGGAGGGAGUAUCCAUGUCAUCAGCAGAGAUCAGUCAACACCCAUCAUUGAAGUCGAAGGCCCUCUCCUUUCAGACACACAUGUCACAUUUAAGCUUACAAUGCCUAGUCCUAUGCCAGAGUACCUCAAUGUACAUUACAUCUGCGAGUCUGCAUCCCGCCUGCUUUUCCUCUCCAUGCACUGGGCAAGGUCAAUCCCAGCCUUCCAGGCACUUGGACAGGACUGCAAUACCAGCCUGGUACGGGCCUGCUGGAAUGAGCUCUUCACUCUUGGCCUGGCCCAGUGUGCCCAGGUCAUGAGUCUCUCCACCAUCCUGGCAGCCAUUGUCAACCACUUACAGAACAGCAUCCAGGAAGAUAAGCUUUCUGGUGACCGGAUAAAGCAAGUCAUGGAGCACAUCUGGAAGCUGCAGGAGUUCUGUAACAGCAUGGCAAAACUGGAUAUAGACGGCUAUGAGUACGCAUACCUUAAAGCUAUAGUUCUCUUUAGUCCCGAUCAUCCAGGUUUGACAGGCACAAGCCAGAUUGAGAAAUUUCAGGAGAAGGCACAGAUGGAAUUACAAGACUAUGUGCAGAAAACCUACUCAGAAGACACAUACAGAUUGGCCAGGAUUCUUGUCCGCCUGCCAGCACUCAGGCUUAUGAGCUCCAAUAUAACAGAAGAACUUUUUUUUACUGGUCUCAUUGGCAAUGUUUCAAUAGACAGCAUAAUUCCCUACAUCCUCAAGAUGGAGACAGCAGAAUAUAAUGGCCAGAUCACCGGAGCCAGUCUAUAGUGCACAGCCAACAGCUGCCAACAGUGGGAUGCCUCCUAGGACUGUGCAGGUGCGAGGGAAGGGAAGUGUAGCAGUGUCUUGGUGUGCACAGGUGUCUCCAGUGUGUUAGCCACUUCUUCCUGUUCAUCUCAGACAAUAGCAACUGAAGAUGAGUAGAACUCUUUCCUGCCCUAAGAAACGUUUUCACACCUUUUGGUGAAGCAGAUUUUGGAACAAUCUUUUAAUUCAAUUUGUAUUUAGAAAUUCUCAAAGGGCAAAAAACAAUACUGAAGUUUUAUAAUGUCAGAGACUAGUAUUAAAAGAACCUAAGAACAGUAUGUGUAAAUACAUUUAAAAAAAAAGUCCUUGGAAUUAAUAGCUACUAAUUACCAGGGUAAUGUUAGCACUUUCUAAGCACUUAUCAAAUCUUAACAUCUUACCUGUGGACAGGGCAAAUGGAAAACUGUGUCUCUUUUGUCAAAAUGCUAAUGAUUUCUGUGAUCAUCAGGAGACAAUCGUUCACAUUUUAUAAGCGGCAGCACUUCUAGCUGUGUGCAAUGGUAGUGCUGCGCUAAAUUCCUGUGUGGGUUCCUGGCAUUGUGUGCAGGGGACAUAACUUGCAGUGACCCAAUAAGGGCUGCUAUGCUAGCCAGAGAUGCCUGUCAGGGUCCUUACACACAUGGUCCGGAUCCUUGAUGCAUGUUUGCAGACUCUUCCAGAACCUGGGUUCCACUAAUAGUCAGAAUUAGAUUGCAGCUUAUCAGAGUGCCUGUGAUGAGAGUCAUGUAAUUCUUCCAGUGAUUGAAAGUAUACCUAGAUCCUUUUACCAACUCAUAGGAACUGGAGCCUUUGACCAAAAAGUGCAAGAUGGGUGAUCCGCACCCUUAGACAUGACCUGUUGUCCAGGUUGAUUGUGGCUUCUGCAGCAAGGGUUCCUAUUCCUGGUACGCUUGGAGAGGGGCCAGUAUCCGUGAUCAUUCAGAACCUGUAGCUGGGUGGGAGCUGUGUAUCCUCAUUGCCUGGUGAGGGAGUUACUAGCCUUAGAUUGCUGAACAAAGGCAUCAAGAUAAAUACUUUCUGAUCUUUUAAGUAUUAGUGAUUCCAGUGUACUGGGCCACCAUGCUUUUCAAUUUUCCCAGGAAUGUGCUAGGUCCAACAAAGCUCUCUGGGGCAUUUGAAAUAUCAGAAGACCACCUUCUCUUUCAAAAGAGAAUCCAAAAACAAUCCUCAGUCGGGGCACAUCGUGCAGGCCUGUAACCCCAGCACUUGGGAGGCUGAGGCACAAUUAUACAUUGAAGGCCAAUCUGAGAAACUUAAUGAGGAAACUCCUUGUGAGUUUUCAGGGGUCUGGGGAGUUGGGUAGUGGUGACUUAAGUGGUAGUGUGCUUGCCUAGCAUGCACUAGGUCCUGGGUUCCAUCCCCAGUACCAAAAUCAAAAAGAAAUCCCCAAAUUCCCUCAUGUCAUAAUGACCAUAGUUCCCAACAAGAAAGAGUACAUAAUCCAGUUCCAGGGAAGUAGAUCUGACUUAAAGCUCUUUGCAUUCCCGUGAGCAUGAGACUGGAAAAAAAGUGGGAGGUUGGGAAAGAUACUUGGUAUUUGCAUUUAGAUUAGCAAAAAUUAAAAAUACCUCCUGUAAGGUUAAGUUUGUACCUGUUUAUGGACAAAUAGAGCCAUGGGGCUCAAGGCUAGAUAGGCUGUUUCCUUUUGAGGAGUUAAUGACACUUUAUUCACUGAAAGUGGGAUUUCAGUGCAGAAGUAGCUCUAGCUUCUAAAUUCCCAGCUAGAUUUGGAAGCCAGUGUUGGAGAAUAGCAGGGAUGGCCAGUAUGAAAUGAUGGAAAGGACAUAAUUUUGCCAGCUUAAAUUUUUUUUUAGGUAUAUAUUCAAGAUUGAGAUCUGGACACCUGUGUAGUUAAAGUGAGUCUACUUUAAUCUCUGUAGAGGUUUCCUGUAGUACAUCCAUACAUCUUAUAGCUGCUAGCUUUGCUUCCCUUAGGAUUUUUUAGUGUGAGCACCAGUCAUUUCUAGGCCAUUCAGGGCCUGUACGUCCUGGCUCCCAUUAGAUAUUUAGACCACGUUUGGAUAAGAAGUACCAACCUCUAAGAUGGCAUUGAAGGGGCCAAAAAAAUUUUUUUUUAAGAUGUAGAAAAGAGUUGGUAAAUCUAAUCUGGUCCUUUGUAAGUUCCAUCAUUAGUAAUGGCCAAUUGACAGGGCCACUUUGGGCCAAACUCCUCCACUGGAUGUACAGAUCUUUGUGGCCUUACCUUUAACAAUUGUAUCCAUACAGUGUUCUCAUCAACUGAAAUCAUUUCAAACUUUGAGUGAUGCUCCAUCCCAUCGCUUGUCAGUGAACCUAUGAAGGUCAGCCCAUUUCUUAGAAAUAGCCCAGCUCUGUCUGGGCUUCAGCUUUCAGGGCGUUCUACCCUGGAUUUAUGAAUCUGUGAUACUCCACAUCUGGUAAAGCAGGGCUGACCUGUCUAGACACUCCUCUCAGGGAGGUGGACAGACAAACGCUAACCUGGCUACUUUAUGGGGUAGGCUGGGGUGGGGAGAUACACACCAACCUGGCUAACUGGGCUCUUUUCCAUAAAUAUCUCAAAGGUUGAUAGUUCCAUGUUAAAAUUUGGGAUAGAAUAGGACAGGAGAUGUAGACAGAGACCAGAUUCCCUAAGCAGGUCGUCUUAGUUACUCCUCAAAAUGUUAUAGUGUGUCACUGUCCUUCCAGUUUGCAGAGUGUGUUGAAGAGCUUCUUUACUGCCUAGCCUCUUUCUGAGGCUGCAGUUGGGGUUGUGCCAUCUUGAGUUUUUGAAGUUCAAGUGAGUCACUUAUGCCCUUGGAAUGGUUUUCUAGUUUGUCAGUGUCAGAAUUAGAUGUGGACGGUGUUCUGAGAUAGUCACGGCAUCAACCAGGGUGGUCAAUGUGGCCCUCAAAUGGAGCAGUAUCAUCCACACUACAUAGAACUGUUUCUUGAACCGGUAAUACUGCUCAUGUAUGUCUGCUGGUCAAUAUCCCUGAAAGCUGGACCUAUUGUCUGGAACCUGAUGUCAUGGGGAUCUGGAAGCCUGCUGCUGCUUUCCAGGGGCUGUUGGUGCUGCUGAAACUCUAAAUCCAGGCCUUGAAAAGCAUCGCCUGACAGCUGUUUUUUUCCAGGGGGAAGGUCCUGACAAAACAGAUGCCCACUUCUUCCUUUGCCUAACUAACUACCAGUCUCCAGAUUAUGUGGUUCUUUGCAAAAAGUCUUAACUCUUAUGUCAAUUUCUAAAGACAACUCCAAAAUGAGAUGAGGUUGACCUAGGUGUUUUGUACAAGGUUCUGGACCUCCUCAUUGAGUGCCUCCCAUCAGUGUGUACUUUCUGUGCACAACCUGUCCCUUCAGCCACACUGUGCAUGUCCAGAGUUACAGGCCUAGAUGACUGAAUGAAUGUACAUGUGUUCAUAUUAUCUUCUUUGUACAGUGUAUAUAAUGUGUGUACAUAGGUGUACAUUAUGUAUACAGACUUAUAGCCACAUAUUCAAACUUCUAUGUUAUCAAGAGUUGAUGCUAGCGUUGCUAAUGUGAAUAGAUGUGGGUGUUACAAGGUUCCCUUAACAGGAGCAUUGUGCUGGUGAGUUUCUUACCAACUUCAUUUUCCUGAGGCGGGGAGCUGCCUGGACCAGGUGACACUUACUCCUGCAUAAGGAAGCCUUGAGCCAGAAAGGUCCUGAUAGGAGGACAGUUCUCUAAGUUUAUAAGGGCCCAGAAGCUGGAAGAGAUGUUAGCCUAAUAUCCAAAACUAAGGAUAAACCUGCUUUUCACAAACCAGUUUAGCCUAACUGGAAGGAACUUGGUGACUGAGACCCUCAGUCUUCUCCAAAGCUUGGAGCUUUGUGUGGCUCAGAGAUGGGCAUUCCGGAGCUGCAGCAGCCUCCCUUGUUUACCCUGGGCUCUGUCAGCAAGACUGAGCAAGACUUGGGUGCUCUCUGCUGGUUUAAAAAAAAAAAAAGCCUACCAAACAUUCUCUGAAAACAAUGCGAUAGCUAACUUGUGGCAUAUAAAAACCACAAUUAGCAAAUUAUCCUAACUUAACUACAUUCUGUAAAAGUUGUAUUUAAUAGUAAGAAAGCUAAGGUUGACAUUUUCCUCAUCCACCAGGUCUAUUCUAUUUGUCCCCUCUGAUUGGGGUUUUCUAGGCUGAGAUGUGGACUUGGGAGACAGGGCCCAGCUUGGCCGAGGCUGCUAGUGGCCACAGUGAGCAGGCACCUGGCUUGGAUGAAGCCAGGGGCAAAAGCUUGCCUGACCCGCAGGUUGCUCUGUGUUUGAAGUAAGUUACUGGAGUGUUAAGACUGCAGUCCUUAGUGCCUUCGGUGAGAUAUGGGUCUUUUGGCUUCAGCUUCCCACUUGUGUCCCUGGCCUCACCCUUUGUGGUUGUUCAAUCUUGCCUGUGUCGUUGCCUGUUGUGACAAUCACACUACUAAAAGUGGCUUUCCAAGUAAAACACAGGGAAGCUUGGCCGUCCCUAAAUGAAUCCUUCCAUUUUCUUUGGGGGCUAUUGUCUUAGCAGCAACCUAACAGAAAGCUUAAAAGUGGCCUAGGAAGGGGAAAAACAUAAGACAUUUCCAAUGCUCAGCAAUACGCACUUUUAGUUAAUUUUCAGUUUUGAUAUAUAUACAUGGAAUGUAGGAAAAUGCUCAACAUUAUCUUAAGUUUUAGUGUUUGGGUAACAUUUGGUAUAGACUGCACAUUAAGAAUGGCCUUUCUUCAGGAAAGUACCCUCAGUUGUCAUCCCAACAUCCCUAUUCAUUCACGGAUGCCAAUGCUGCUGCACACACAACUCAAGUGCUGGAAUAUUUUUCUAGUCUGUUUUCCCAAUUAACUUGUAAAUCAGUGUUCAACUAGUUUUAUAACUGAAAAGCUGCACAUUUUUUUCAUAGUAACAACUAGUUUGUACCUGUAGUUUGGAUUUCUCUGUUAAGAUAUAACCUUAUCUGCCCCCCACCCACCCCACUCCCUUUUUGGAGAACAUCUACUAAAGGAAAGUCCAGUGUGGAAUUUUCUUGGGACCGGUUGUGUAACUCCCGCCCUUCAUACUAUAGAAAAUGCCAUGGAUGCCGUUACCUUUUGAUUCCAGGUUAAAAACCUGCAGAGAGCUGCCAUUUUGUACAGCUUUUUCUCCCCAUGUAAAUGAGCUAUGUAAUGGCAUUUAAAACCGCAUGUUCUUUUUAAACUGAAUUUUCUAUCUAAUCAAUGUCUUCAGUCCUGAAGGAGAAUCUGCAUUGUUGUCUGUAUAGAGAGUUGCUGUGCAUGGUUACGAGCGCCUUUUACUAAAUGCUGUUCAAUGUGGCUUUGUUGUUGUGGCUUAAUACUACCUACAUGAGGUUUAUACUAUUAAAGUAAGUUAAAGACUA